UUGUAGUUCUUUCCCUCCCUCUUCCCCAGUCGCCUUUGCUGCUUCCGUUGCCGGUUUGGCCGCCAGAAACUAUGCCAGGGAGCCGGGGUGGGAAGCCCCGGGAAGCCGCCAACCCCGCCGUCGGGGGUGGGACGGAGUCGGUGACAGAACGAGUCCUCCGGGAGGCCCACUCGCUUUAUGUGCACUCGGGUCAUGGUUUGGUGACCAUAGGAGAGCGCCUGGGCCUGACCCUGCUUCCCCCUCGCCGCAGAGUGACUGUCAUGGUGAUGGGCAACCACAGUGCUGGGAAGAGCAGCUUUAUCAACUGGUAUGUGGAGGAACACAUCCAACGUACUGGGGUUGCUAUUGAGACUCAGGGUUUCACUUUCAUCACUAGUGGAAAAAAGCGAGAAUCUCUCACGGGCAAUGCUACACUCCACCUCUACCCUCAUUUCCAGAUCUUGCAGAACUUCAAAGGGGUGCCAGAAUACCUGAGUACUGAGAUUUGUACCUCCAAGCAGAAACAAUUUCCUCUUAUCACUUUUCUUGAUACUCCAGGCUUAGUAGAUGGCGAUAUGAAAUACCCUUUUGAUGUGGAAGGAGCACUGAUCUGGUUUGGCCAACUCUGCGAUCUCAUCCUGGUCUUCUUUGAUCCCAUGGGGCAGGCUCUUUGCAAACGCACCUUAAACAUAGUGGAGAAGAUCAAUGAAGAGCAUGGAGACAAGUUACGCUUUUAUCUGAGCAAAGCCGAUGAGGCAGGCGCUGAGGGUGAUCGACAGAGGGUGCUGAUGCAGAUUGUUCAAGAACUUUGUAAACGUCCUGGCCUCAAUAAAUGUGGGUUUGACAUGCCUACAAUUUACAUUCCCAACCUCAAUAAGCCGAGUCGGUGCGUUAAUCAGAUCGAGGAAGUCUGUCGCACAAUUGAGAAGACCAUCAGCCAGACUGUGCAGCAUACACUCAAUGCCCUGGAAAGGGAUUGCCGGCUCAUUGAAGAGGCCACACAGCGUUUGCUAGAAGAUGACAACAAGGCCAGAAACAACAACUUCCGUGCUUUCUUCCGUGGGAUACUUCUGGGUAUGGUGGGUUGCCUGUUGCCUAUUUUUCUUCUUCUGACGUUGAUCUUUGGCACAACAUUUGCUCGCCAACUGUGGACUUUGGUCCUGGGGGAGAAGCAAAGUCAGGCCCUGGAACUAUACGUACAACCGGUUGCAUCAGUCUGGAGGCUUGUCCCUGAAGAUCAAACCUUAACAGUAUUUUUUGGUCUUCUCUUCCUCUCGAUUCUCUUCCUGCUCUUGGCCAGCUACACUCUCAGAAUGAAGCCCACUCUCUCCAAAAAGCAGAAGCGGCAGCUGGAAGAUCGACGGGAUUACGUGUUGGAUGUGGUCUUGGCUAAGAAGGUUACUGCUUUGGGAACUUGGAUGGGGUGGUUUGAAGUUUCACAUGGGGACUGGUAUCUGUUCUGUAGGACCUAAGUGGGCAAGAGUAUGAGUUCUGUUUGGAUUCUGUGGUAACCAGAGAAACGGGUUGAUUAACACAGCAAAUUAAAAAUUUACCCUCUUUCUCUACAGAGAAAGCUCUAUGAGGAAUACCUUCGACAAAGCAUUGGGGAACAGGACUUGAACUGAAAGCAGCCUAUUCUGAAUAUUCCACGUCCCUCUUCUCCCCCUGCCCCCCAUCAAUACCUAGAGAAGAGCAUUUACAACGGCAAGCCUUGCAAGUCCAGUUGAUCCAAUCCAGUUGCCAUCUCUUUCACAUAGGGCAGGACCAGUUGGAUAGGGAUGGCAUCCUGGAUCCUUUUGAAUUGCGACUAACCUUACCUCUAAUGUCCUACAUCUGAAAAGAUUGAUUCACUGGUUAUCUUUUCUGCUGGUCUGUUUGCUGCCUAUGGAUAGAAUGAUGUUUUCAAACCUGAUGAGGGGACUGUAGCGGCAAAGUCCAAUUCUGCAUCCAGCUGAACGUGGCUCCUGGUUUUAGAAAUGGCAGAGCCCUGCCUGAUGUUAAAAUUGGCAGCAUUAUAAACCAGUGCUUUGUUGACUCCUAUCAUAAUGGGCAGUUGUAGUUGCAUCAAGAUGUCAAGGGUACCACUUCUGGAUUGCUGCCUUAGUGAUCUAAAGUGACAGUUCACAUAAGCUUAUUAUGCUAAAUGUAGCAUAAUUUUAUCUGUCGUUUGUACAAUACCUCAUAUUUCUAAAUGUACCAGCAUGCGAAGGACAUGCAGAUGACUGUAUGCCCUUCCAUUUCACGUGACAAGUGCCUUUAUGUGACCAUCUCUUGGGAGUGAAAGAUGGGACAUGGAUCCUUGUAACAGUCUCUUCAUUAGUUGGUCAUAGUCCAACCAAUGCCAGUACAGUACUUAACACUGUGAGAUUUCCCCAGACCUCUGACCUUUAUAAUUUAUUCAGCAUGCCCUGGAACACAUGGGAACCCCAAGCUAGCUUUUCCUCCAAUGCCAGGACGUAUAAGUUAUGUUUUGGCCAAUUCAGCUCACUUGAUCUCACUGCAUUAAUUCUGGGUUAGCACCAUUAUCAUGGCUGCAUCUAGAAACAACACUUUGCUAAUUCUUCUGAGUUGCUAUGUAUUAAGUCCUUCCGAAGUUAGGCUUGGCUUCCAUCAGUUUAAGCGAAAUAAUGUAACUGAUCAUGUGGAGGAGACAUUACUGUACAGAUCUGGUAACAGGGUCCUUUAUAGUAAGUGCAACGAAAAAAUGAAACACAUUAACCUCUGGUUUUAAUCUGAGCAAGAAUUUGCUAUUUGGGGAUAGGAAAACAAUUGACUCAAAUUAGCCUGGCUCUGGUAAUCUAUUAAGAUAAUUUUUGUCUCUUUUCCCUGUUCCCAUCAAAUUGGGGGGGAGGGAUUGGUUUGCAUUCUCUUUGCUUCUCUGGAAGCUCUUUCAUCUUGUUGGCGUGAACUUCUGGAGGGUGGCAGAGAUGAAGGUUGACAAACCAAAGUUAGAUAUUUGUCAGAAGUUAUUUACCAUUUAUUAAAGUGCAUUUCUUCCUGAGGCAUCAGACUGACUUGAAAUCAAAGGACUCAUUUUUUAUGCCAUGUGCACCAACAAAUACUGCCAAGGUACUUUUGGGGGGAUAAGGAAGGGAUCUGAGUGUUUAAUAAAAACUUAUUGUAAAAUCUGCCUCAGUUCUCUUCCUUCUGUUUAUUUCUGCUCACUGAAUACUUACGCUUCAUUUCACUCAAAUAAUUGCAAGAAAAGAGUUAAGCCAAUUUUAUUUAGCAUGGAAAAACACAAAAGCAAAUGCUAUUCCCUUUAUCCCAAUACAGGUUUCUCUUGAUCCACUCUUCUGCCCCACUCCCCGUUUCCCUAAUUUAUGUGAAGUUGACAUUGCUACAAACUCAUUUUUCCCCAUACUAUAAAGUUUAUUCAUCUACUAUCUCUACCCCUUCCUAAGGAGAAA